AUGGCGUUGGAUGUGGACGGGAUGAUGAAGGAGCUUCGGGGGACCUAUGUGAGUGGGAAAACGAAGAGUUACGAGUGGAGAGUAUCCCAGUUGAGGGCCCUGUUGAAAAUAGCCGAUCACCAUGAGAAAGAGAUAGCUGAAGCUCUCCGUUGUGACCUUAGUAAACCCGAUCACGAAUCAUUCGUAUACGAGAUUGCUUCAAUGAAAUCAUCAUGCCAGCUUGCAUUGAAGCAACUAAAAAGAUGGAUGAAACCAGAAAAGGUGAAAACCUCGUUAACCACUUUCCCCUCAUCAGGGGAAAUAGUUUCAGAACCAUUGGGUGUUACAUUGGUCAUAUCGGCUUGGAACUUUCCUUUCUUAUUAUCUCUUGAUCCAGUCAUUGGAGCUAUUGCAGCUGGUAAUGCUGUAGUUUUGAAACCUUCGGAAAUUGCCCCCGUCACAUCCGCGGUGCUUUCAAAACUUUUAGGGGAGUAUAUGGAUACCUCUGCAGUAAAAGUUGUUGAGGGUGCCGUACCUGAAACAACUGCAUUGCUGGAGCAAAAGUGGGAUAAAAUAUUUUAUACAGGAAAUGGCAAGGCAGGACGCAUUGUGUUGACUGCCGCUGCAAAGCAUCUUACACCAGUAGUUUUGGAGCUUGGUGGCAAAUCACCUGUAGUUGUUGACAAAAACAUCAACUUAAAAGUUGCAGCAAGACGGAUUAUUGGAGGCAAGUGGGGCUGCAAUAAUGGACAAGCUUGUGUUUCUCCCGAUUAUUUGAUAACCACAAAAGAUAAUGCUUCUCAGUUGGUAGAUGCUCUGAAAUCUGAACUGGAGGCAUUCUAUGGAAAGGAUCCUCUAAGAUCAGAAGACCUGUCACGCAUAGUGAAUUCCAAUCACUUUACGCGCUUAACAAAUUUAUUGGACGACGAGAAGGUAUCUGGGAAGAUAGUUCACGGAGGCCAACGGGAUAAAACCAAUCUAAAAAUUGCUCCCACUGUUAUGUUGGAAGUCCCAGGAGAUUCUCUGGUCAUGAAUGAGGAGAUAUUUGGUCCUUUACUUCCUAUCUUGACGGUCUACAAAGUUGAAGACAGUAUUGAUCUGAUUAAUGCUAGAGAGAAGCCACUCGCUGCAUAUUUAUUUACGAACGACAAAAGGCUUAAGGAGCAGUUCAUUACAAACGUCUCAGCAGGGGGUUUGGUCAUCAACGACACCAUUCUACAUCUUGCCGAGCAUUCGCUGCCGUUUGGAGGAGUCGGGGAAAGUGGAAUGGGAGCCUACCACGGGAAAUUCUCAUUCGAUGCUUUCAGCCAUAAGAAGGCAGUGUUACAGCGUAGUUUUGCUGGGGAUGUUCCUGCAAGAUACCCACCAUAUACACCUGAGAAGCUGAAAUUUCUGAAGGCAUUGUUAAAUGGUGAUAUAGUUGGCCUUAUUCGAGCUCUGAUUGGUUGGUAA